CCAACGCAUUGCAUCGUUGCUGCAAUACCGUCGUCUUCUCCCGCUGUCUAGGAAACCACCCAUCUCCUACUACUGUUUCCAAAUGGGGAGCUACCAAUUAGAAGACCCGCUUCAAAGCCAAUUUGUAUCAAACAAGCUCAUAGACCCUGAGGAGUUUAGAAAGCAAGCGCACCUUGUGGUUGAUUUUUUGGCUGACUACUACCGGGAUGUUGCCAAAUACCCAGUUCUCAGUCAAGUUGAACCAGGUUACCUCCGCAAAUGCUUGCCUGGCUCGGCCCCUGACAACCCCGAGUCAAUCGAUACCAUACUUAAAGACGUGGUUAAGGAUAUCAUCCCGGGGAUAACUCAUUGGCAGAGUCCUAAUUACUUUGCUUACUUUCCCUCUAGUGGGAGCACAGCGGGGUUCAUAGGCGAAAUGCUAAGCAUUGGCUUCAAUGUAGUUGGGUUCAACUGGAUGUCGUCGCCAGCUGCCACCGAGCUUGAGUCCAUAGUCAUGGACUGGCUCGGCAGGAUGCUCAGUUUGCCGGAUUCUUUCCUGUUUUCCGGCAACGACACUACUGGAGGAGGAGGUGUGCUCCAAGGAACAACUUGUGAGGUGAUCCUGUGUACCUUGGUUGCAGCCAGGGACAGGGCACUUGAGCAAGUUGGGAAGCACAACAUAGGUAAGCUGGUGGUCUAUGGCUCCGACCAAACCCAUUGUGCCUUAAAAAAGGCUUGUCAAAUUGCCGGUAUCGUCAACUUUAGGGCUGUGGCCACAUCGAGGGCAACAAACUUCGGUUUGUCGCCGGAAUCAGUCCGGCAUGCAAUGGCUGAGGACACAAAGUCUGGUCUUGUGCCAUUGUUCUUGUGUGCUACGGUAGGGACUACAUCAUCCACGGCGGUUGACCCCGUCAAACCGCUAACUCAGGUGGCUAAGGAGUUCGGGGUGUGGGUGCAUGUUGAUGCAGCUUACGCAGGGAGUGCCUGUGUGUGCCCGGAAUUCCGGCACUUCAUAGACGGGGUGGAAGAUGUGGACUCAUUUAGCAUGAAUGCACACAAAUGGUUCUUCACCAACUUGGAUUGUUGCUGCCUGUGGGUGAGGAACCAUGGUGCUCUUGUGGAGUCCUUGUCUACUAACCCAGAGUACUUGUGGAACAAGGCAACUGAGUCGAAGAAAGUCAUUGACUAUAAGGACUGGCAGAUUGCCCUAAGUCGCAGGUUUAGGGCGCUGAAGCUGUGGCUGGUCCUACGCAGCUAUGGUGUGACCAAGAUAAGAAACUUCAUAAGGAGCCAUGUUAGGAUGGCUAAGCAAUUUGAGAUUCUUGUGGCCAUGGACAAGAGGUUCGAGGUUGUGGUGCCCAGGAAGUUUGCCAUGGUGUGUUUCCGGCUCCUGCUGCCCGCACCGGUGCCUGCUGGAGCAGAGGAGGGAUGCGCUGCCAAGCUUAACCAGCAGUUGCUAGAGGCCGUGAACUCCUCGGGCCGCAUCUACAUGACUCAUGCAAUGGUGGGUGGGACUUACAUGAUCAGGUUUGCCGUCGGUGCAAGCCUUACUGAGGACUGCCAUGUCUUCCAAGCAUGGAAGGUGAUACAGGAGUAUGCAAGCAAUCUGCUCGAUGGAUGGGAGUGUGUUUGACAACAGCGGUUCGGGUCUGCAGAAACAUUGAUGAGGAGGAAAUAUCGUUGUGUGUCGUUUGUUGCAUUAAAUUCAAAAGAAUAUAACCACAUGUUACGUUCACGUGAAUUCCGCAGUACUCCAAGUUAAAUUUCACCUAACCACUAUGUUAAGCAAGGUAAAUUUUUCAGCUCCUUUCUUUCUUCUCCGCUACAACACCCCGCUAGCUCCUUCUUGCGUCCAGCAACCUUCUCCGGCGACAGGCACAUUUAAGAAAAGAAGACGGUGGCCAUCGCCAACAAUGGCUGACGGUGGCGUCGUCGAAGCCUGAGGAGAAACCCAACGCCAUUUAAGGUGGGUUGUCAUUUUUGUCUGUAUUUUCUUCGUUUUGCUGAAGACAAGUGGCGACGGUCGCCGGCGUGGGCAGAAUGGUCCGGCACGCACAGUUAAGAGAACACUUGUUAAACCAUGUUCUUCCAUUUUGUACCGUUCAUUCAGUGGCCACACGUAUCUCAUCGAAUUUUAUUUGGACACUUGUCCAUAUGAAGAAGGACAAGAUCAAUAGCUAUUUACCACACAAUCUCCUUGGCUGGUUA